AUGGCUGGAGCUUUGAUCGGAGAGGCCUUUAUUUCUGCUUCCAUUCAGGUGAUUUGUGACAGAAUUGCCUCACCUGAGUUCAUCGACUUAUUUCGGCACAAGAAACUCGAUCAACCUCUCCUCAUGAAACUGAAGAGGACCCUGUUGACCUUGAACGCAGUGCUCGAUGAUGCAGAGGAGAAGCAAAUUGAGAAACCAGCUGUGAGAGAGUGGCUUGACGACCUCAAACAUGCAGUCUUUGAUGCGGAGGACUUGCUGGAUGAGAUCAACUAUGAAGCUCUGGACUCUGAGGUAUGGAACAGAGUACUAAAUAGCAGCAUUUGGGAUUUACCUUAUGAGAAAAGUGACAUUCUUCCUGCUCUAGGAUUGAGUUAUCGUUAUCUUCCAGCUAAGUUAAAGCGAUGCUUUAUUUAUUGUUCAAUUUUUCCAAAAGGCUGUGAAUUCAAGGUAGAAGAAGUUGUUUUUCUUUGGAUGGCAGAAGGUUUAAUUCCCCAAGUGGAGAAUGGGGACAACAUGGAAGAAGUGGCUAAGGAAUAUUUUGAUGAACUGUUAUCUCGAUCAUUGUUUCAAACAUCGGAGAAAUCACGUUUUAUUAUGCAUGAUCUCAUAAAUGACUUGGCUGUGUUCAUGUCUAAAGGAUUUUGUGCAAGGUUGGAAGGUGGUAGGGAAUCACAUGAAGUAGAAAGAGUUCGCCAUUUGUCAUAUGCUAGGGAAGAUUUUGAUGGUGCUCUGAAAUUUGAGCCAUUUAAGGGGCGUAAGUGUUUGCGUACCUUUCUAUCUACCUCUUUAAAUACUCAUCCAACGUAUUAUAUAGGUAAAAAGGUUGUACCAGAUUUUUUUUUGUCACACAGAUGUUUACGGGUGCUGUCAUUGUCAUCUUAUAAGAAUCUCACUCAGCUACCUGAUUCUAUUAAAAAUCUUAUUCACUUGCGCUAUUUGGAUCUCUCUGGUACUGCAAUUGAAAGGUUACCUGGCGUACUUUGCAGUUUGUACAAUUUGCAGACGUUACUAUUGUCAAAUUGUUCCUCUCUCGUUGAAUUACCUGCAGACUUGAGAAAAUUGAUAAAUUUACAGAAAUUAAUGCUGGGAGGUUGUGCGUCUCUUGCUAAAUUGCCUGUAGACCUGUGGGAAUUAAAUAGUUUGCAUCAUCUUGAUGUGAGUGGAACUAAAAUUGCAGAGAUGCCAAUGCAAAUGGGUAGACUAAAAAGUUUGAGAACGUUGACUGCUUUUGUUGUGGGGAAAUCUACUGGGUCGACCAUUGGGGAAUUGGGGGAGCUUCCACAUCUUCGAGGAAAACUUUCAAUUCUAAAACUGCAAAAUGUAGUUGAUGCUAAGGAUGCAGUGCAGGCCAAUUUGAAGAAUAAGCAGGAUCUAAAGGAGUUAAAGUUCGAAUGGGGCGAUGAAGACUCGAAUGAUUCCGAAAAAGUGAGAGACGUACUUGACAAGCUCCAGCCUUCAAUUAGUUUGGAGAAACUGACCAUCCAAUUCUACAGUGGAACCAAGUUCCCGAAUUGGUUAGGAGACUCACGCUUCUCUAACAUACAAGUCAUGCGCCUUAGCGAUUGUAAAUAUUGUUCGUCGCUACCAGUUGGGGGGCUACCUGCUCUCAAAGAGCUCUAUAUAGAAAGGAUGAACUUUGUUAAGACAAUUGGUGUUGAGUUCUACGGCAGAAAUGGAGCGUCUCUAAUUCAGCCAUUUCAAUCACUGGAGAAGCUAGAGUUUAAGGAGAUGGCAGAGUGGGAGGAAUGGGUACCAAGUGGAAGUGAAGGUCCAGACUUUCCUCGUCUCCAGGAGCUGAUUCUAUAUAAGUGUCCGAAGCUAAGAGGAAGCUUGCCUUGUGAUCUGCCUUGCUUGAAGAUGCUUAGUGUGAAUGGGUGUGGGGUUUUGCAUGCUCAAAGGGCCACUGCUACUACUAGUAGUAGUACUAGUCUCAACUACAAUUCUCUUGAAGUAUUGAUAAUAGAAGAUGGAUGCCAAACAGGUCUGUUAUCAUUACUAGAGACAAAGCUCCUGUCCGAACUUGACAUUCGAAAUUUUAAUGACAUACAGUGCUUGCCCAACAUCAAUCGUCUUCAAAGUUUGACUCUCUUGAAUUGUCCAACGCUGUCGUCGUUCCCUGAAGAUGGCCUACCCACUUCGUUGACAUCACUUACAAUAUUCAAUUGUAGGAGAUUAGAGAUCCCUCUAGAGAUGUUCGCUAAAUUAACAUCACUCAACUAUUUGGGGAUACGUAAUAGCUGUGAUUCAAUGAGGUCCUUCCCCUUGGGCAUUUUUCCCAAAUUGACGACACUUGAAAUCGUUUUCCUUGACAAUCUGGAAUCGCUUUCCUUGAUUGAAGAAGGAGCGGUUCUCAGUCAUCUAAAUAGCCUACAGGUCUAUAAUUGUCCAAAUCUGGUGUGUUUUCCCCAGGGAGGAUUGCCCACUCCCAACCUGACUGAAUUGUGUUUCUAUGGAUGCGAGAAGUUGAAGUCAUUACCCGAACGCAUUCACACCCUCACAGCCCUUGAAACAUUGCAGAUAACGAAUCUUCCAAAUCUGGAGUCAAUUGCAGAAGAUGGGGGUUUGCCUCCUAACCUCCGAGAUUUUAGCAUUGAGAAUUGUGAGAGACUGAGGGCUGCAUCUUCAUCAGUGGGAGACUACUGUAACUGGGGUUUGCAAGCACUUGUCUCCCUCGAACAAUUUACAAUUGGUGGCAGAGGAAGUGAUGAAAUCUUGGAGACGUUGCUCAAGCAACAGCUGCUCCCUACCACUCUUCGCAGUCUCUGCAUCAGGGACAUUUCAACUCUGGAAUCUUCUUAUGGAAAGGGACUUGCACGCCUUACUUUUCUUCAAGAGCUAUAUAUUAAUGACUGUCCGAGUCUCCAAUUCCUGCCAGAAGAGGGUCUGCCGCCAUCUCUUUCUAAUCUGAGCAUCCACAAUUGUUCUGCCCUGGAGAAAAGGUAUCAGAAUAAGACGGGACAAGAUCAUUGGGCCAGCAUAUCUCACAUUCCAUGCAUCAAGAUAAAUGGUGAAGUCAUCUUAAGAGAGUAAAACAAACAAGGACAGCACCUUCUCUUGAAAAGCUUUUCAUUUGCAAGGUUUCUGAACGUGUCAUUUCCGGGCCAUUGUUUAUAGACUUUUGUUUUUCUACAAAAAACUAUUGUCACAACGAGGGGAGACGGAAAGGUUCACCUGGAAACAUUCCUACAGACAGGCAUCAAAUGUCCCACACUUUUAGAGUUGGGGGAUACAAGAAUUUGAAGUCAUUACCGCAACGUAUUCACAUCCUCACUGCCCUUCAAAGUUUGCGGAUACUUGGUCUUCCAAAUCUUGUGUCAUUUGCAGAAAAGGGAAAGUGGCGAUAUCUUGGAGGCGUUGAGGAACAGCAUCUGGGAACUUUCAAGUCUGAAUUCUUUGGAUGAAAAGGGACUCGGACACCUCACUUCUCUUCCAAGUGCUGAAUAUUCUCCAGUGUGACAGUUUGAAAUUCCUGCAAGGAGAGGGACUCGGACACCACACUUCUCUUCAAGUGCUGCAUAUUCUCCAGUGUAGCAGUUUGGAAUGCCUGCAAGGAGAUGGACUUCGACACCUCACUUCUCUUCAACAGAUACAUAUUUAUGGCUGUCUGAGUCUCCAAUUCCUGCCAGAAGACUCUUUCUUUUCUGAGAUAUCUCCAUUUGUUUGCCUUGGAGUAAAGGUAUGAAAAUAAGAUGGGAGAAGAUUGGGCCAAGAUAUCUCACCUUCCUUUCGUCCAGAUAAAUGACGAAGUCAUCAUAUGAUAUGAGUUCUCUCUCACACCAAAUUUUUGCUUUUCGGCAUUUCACUCUGUCUGAAAAUUUGAAGUCAUUGUCCAAACGCAUUCACACCCUCGCAGCCCUUCAACAUUUGUCAAUAUGCGAUCUUCCAAAUCUGGAGUCAUUUGCAGAAGAUGGGGGUUUGCCUCCCGACCUCCUAUAUUUUACCAUUGAAAAUUGCAACAGACUGAGGGCUUCAGUGGGAGAGCACUGGGAUUUGCAAGGACUUGUCUCUCUUGAAGAAUUUACAAUUGGUGGCAGGGGAAGUGAUGAUAUCUUGGAGAUGUUGCUCAAGCAACAGUUGCUCCCUUCCACUCUUUACAUUCUCCACAUCAAUAGACUAUCAAGUCUGAAAUCUUUGGACAGAAAGGGACUUAAAAACAUCACUUCUCUUUCUUUUCUGAGUAUCUCCAAGUGUUUUUCCCGGGAGAAAAGGUAUAAGAGAAGACAGGAAAAGAUUGGGCCAACAUAUCUCACAUUCCUUGCAUCAAGAUAGGCCAUGAAGUGACCAUAUGAGAUGAGCUCUCUCUCUCUCUCUUUCUCUCUCUCACAUUCCUUGCAGUCAUCAUAUGACUUGAGAAACUUUCCCAUGUUUGGAGGUCAAAGCAACUUGUGUAGGCAACCAUGCAUGAUUUCAGAGUCGAAGCUGCUUCACUGGCCUUUCUGUGCUCGCUUCUGUAAGGGAUCAAACCAAGCAGGUUCAUACAUUAAAUGUAUCACGUCAUCAGCAUUUCAGACAGAAAAUGGGCCUCGAAUUGUGUUCUGAGCCAAUGGAUUUUUCUAGAAUCUAAAAGUGGAAUGGAAAAUUACUGAAGUGAUCUACACAAGAGUAAACAUUUUUUCUGUUGGAUCCUGGAGGUGCCUCUUAUAAGUGGCUAAGUUGCAAUAUGUGGUGUCAUCAAAUGCUCUGCAAAAAGUUCAAGUUGAGACCGGAGAUGAACAAGGAUUAGGUCAGCUGUAUAUUUCGUGGAACAGACCCAGCAUGUUCAUACAUGGCUUGGCUCACUUCAUCAUCUUUUGAGACAGAAAAUCAGCCUUCAACCGUAUGCUGAUUCAAUAGACUUUUCUAUAUAUCUCAAGUGCAAUGGAAAAUUGAAGACUUACAUAAAGAUUCGCAAAGAUUUCUGUUUGAAAUUUUCUACUGGAGGCUGGAAAUGCUUCUUAUAAGUGGCUAAGUUGCAAAAAUUUGUAGGAUUGAAGGCUCUGCAGACUGCACAGAGCAUUUAGAAGUAUCUUGCUGAGCUGAGGUAUGGAAACGGAAAGCACUUUGGUUAACAUCCACAUUGAAUAGCGGUGAAAAGAAACAGGAUUUCACAAUCGGAUGCUGAACCUGAACACCAGGUUUUGAAUAACUGGUGUCUUUUUCCCACCGCAUUCACACCCUCACAGCACUUCGACAUUUGGAGAUGACUGAACUUCCAAAUUUAGUGUCAUUUGCAGAAGGCUGUUGUCUCCCUUAAACACUACAAUUGGUGGCGGGGGAAGUGACGAUAUCUUCGAGACAUUGCUCAAGGAACAGCUGCUCCCUUCCGCUCUUCACACUCUUCGCAUCUGGGGACUUUCAAGUCUGAAAUCUUUGGACGGAAAGGGACUUGGACACCUCACUUCUCUUCGAGAGCUAUAUAUUAGUGAGUGUGACAGUAUCCAAUUCACUUCUCUCCAACCGUUAUGGCCUGGAGAAGCGGUAUGAGAAUAAGAUGGGACAAGAUUGGGCCAACAUAUCUCACAUUCCUUGCCUCAACAUAAAUGAUCGAGUCAACAUAUGAUAUGACUCAUGAGAGACAAACAAAGUAUUGCUUUUCAAUAGUUCACUCUCAGAGACUCUGAAAGUAACUUAUUUGGGGGUUUGCCGAUCAAGGCCCAGCAGGUUUGGAUGUUUUGGCUACUGAAUGUUCUGCUAUACACAUGGGAUUAUUGAAGGCUGCUGAGUUGGGAAUCUCUGAUUUUUUGGUAGCAUCAAACUCGCAGGAAGUUGUGGCUUUACUGAAGGGAAAUGGAGAGCUAUGGAGUAAUCUGGGUAAUAUUGUGGAUGACAUUAGAAGGUUGCUAGUAGAAUUGUGUGUUAGUGAUGUUAUUUUUCAGCCGCGUUUGGGUAAUCAGGUAGCUCACUCUUUGGCGCAGUUUGGGUUGCGAGAACAGCAUCAUUCUUUCUGGGAUGGUCUUCCUCCUGACUGGCUUGUAUCACUGUUAGUAACAGACAUGGAGGGUGGGUAGUUGUUUUGGUUUUCGGUUUCGGAUGCUGUGGUACUCUUUUUCCUUGACCGGAUUUCCUCCAUUGGAGGUUUUUAUGGCAAGGUUUUAAUGAGGCCACCUCUUGUUGCAUCCAUGUUUUGAUUGCAAAUUGUAUGGUUGAUGGUUGGAAUGAAAGUUUCUUACUCUUUGAUAAAAAAUAAAAAUAAAAAUAAAAAAGUCUCAAA